AUGGCGGACGAGCGGCGCGCCGGGGGAGCGGGUUCGCUGCCGGACCCGGCCCCGACUCCCGGCGGCGGCGGGAAGCGGAAGCGUUGGAGGCGGGAGAGGCCGGCGCUGGCUGCUGAGCGUCCCCCCGGGCGGAGGCGCCCGGCCGCGGCUAUGGACCGGUACCUGCUGUUCGUGAGCUGGGAGGAGCGGCGAGCCCCGCGGGCCGGCGGCGCUGAGCGCGUAGCAGGUAUAACUACUGCAAAUGUUUAUAACCUUCUGAAAGAAAAUUGUAGAACCUUUAUAAAUGAGGAUGUAAGCACAUUCCCAGCAUGUUCCGUGGCCGGCGUUCCAGGUAUGAGGAAAUGGUAUUUUGCAAAUCAAGUUAUAUAUGAUUUUUAUCAGUUUUGUAGUUCUGACUGGGAGGAGAUCAAUUUCGAUGUGAAAAAAGAUGAAAGUGAAAACUCUCUUCAAACCAGUAUAGAAGAAUGCCUGAGUGCUAUUCAGAGUUUUGAGGAGGAAGAUAGCAGCAGCAGAGAGUCACUGUCACUGAUUGAUGUCUAUGAAGAAUCUGCAGAGAGUCUACAUCAGUUAUCGGACAAGCUCCCUGCUCCUGGAAGAGCCAUGGUUGAUGUAAUACUACAGUCUUCUGAAAGAGAUGCCCCCAAGUUAAAAGACUGCUUACCUGCUAUUGGUGCCCUGAAACAUCUGAGAGAAUGGCAUUCUGCAAAAAUCACUAUAGCAACAAAUGACUAUAAAGGUGGCUGGCAAAAAAUUGCAGACUACCUAUCAGCAGAUGUUGUGGCUUCAGAUAAUCUAAUAAAUAUUAUUGAUUCAAAAGAGCUGUGGAGAGGAGAGAUUCAGAUAUGGGAAAGAAAGUUUGGAUUUGAAGUUAGGUUUCCAAAAUUUUGCAUAAAGGGUGUCUCGGCCAAACCAUUCAGCACAUCACAUUUAAAUACUUGCUUUGCUGCCAAGAAAACAGCACAAUCAAAGACUACUAAUAUUUUGCCAGAGGUUUUUCAUUAUUAUGGUCCUGUGUUAGAAUUCAUGCGGCUGGUGGUGCUCUCAGAUCUGCCAUCCUAUUUUGUAUCAGAUCUUGAAUUUGAGCUGAACUUGGCCAGAAACAGUAUCAAUGAAAAGUCUACACUGCUUUUGGACCAGAUUUCUUCUCUCUGUGAAAAGGUAGGAGCCUUAUUUGUUUUGCCUUGCAAUGUAAGCAACAUGUUGAUUCCAUCUCCUAGCCAGCUGAGUACAAAAAAAUGGAAGGAAUAUAUGGCCAAAAAACCAAAGGACAUAACCAUUCCAGAAAUUGAGCUAAAAGGAGAGUCCUGCCAAUAUUAUUUCUUGGUACAAAGCAAUGCCUUUGGAGGGUGUAAAGCAACUUUGAUUCAUUCAGCCAAUCAGAUCAAUGGCACAGCCACUCUUGCUUUAAUAAAUGGAAAGCUACAGACAAGCACAGAAGAAACACAGUCAAGCUUUUGUACUGCUGACUUCAUCAGUUCUCUUCCACAUUUCUAUGGAGAGCAGAUACUACAGAGAGAAAAGAAACUGGCUUAUGUCCAAGCAUUGGCCUUGAAGGAAUGUCUCGAGAGGCGGGAAUCAGGCAAGCAACCUUCAACAGUUUCUGCUGAUGAGCUCAAAACCCUGUUAACACUUACUAGGGAACGUUUUUUAGAGUUGUAUGACACCAGCCUUCCAAAAACUAUUCUGCACAAAGCAAUCAACAAAACUAGCCCCUACACAAUGACUAGUGAAUCUGAAUUAAUAGGGCCCAAUCCUUUGGAGUGGCCAGAAAGAAAUGUUCUUCAGAACUUGGAAAAUUUUGAAAAAAUUAAACAAAAAAUGAGAGUUUCUAUGUUGGCGCAUUCCUCUGAGCAAUUACUGGGCCAUAAAGAUGGUCAGAGGGAAUCUCUGACAUUGCUGGAUGCUAAAGAGCUACUGAAAUAUUUCACUCCAGAGGGGUUACCUAUUGGGGAUCUUCAGCCAUUACAAAUUCAAAAGAGUGAAAAUGCUUUUCUUCUGACACCAGAGCUUACUCCACUGAAGCUGGGAGGUCUGUCUUUUGAAAAAGCAGCUGGGUGCCAUUAUCAUGGGCUUGAAUACUGUCUAGAUAACAGAAAAGCUUUAGAGAGAGAUGUGAAAUUUGCUGAACUUCAGACUCGUCUAAUUCGCUAUGAAACGCAGACUACGUGUACUAAAGAGUGCUGUCCUGUACCAUGUGUCUUGAGCCCUCUUCCAUCUCCUGCAGUUUUGUCAGAGCCUGGAAGUGUCCCAGAUGGGGAAUCUUUACAAAGUGAACUCAGAACAGAAGCAUCAAGGCUAAAACGCAGAUCAAAAGACUUUGAUUGCUUUCAUUCCAACAAGAGACUAAUAAAAACUGAAAGCACAGAUUCUCUCCUGUCUCAGGCAAGCGGAAGUAGUGUGGGUCACCAUUCAAUACGUGUCAUAAGACAACAGCCAGGCAGAUCAUUGUCUCUAAAAUCUGCGUCUGUUAAGCAGCCUAGUGGUCAGACCAACAAAGUAACUGCAGAGGCUGGCCCAGCAAGUCAGAGAUGUGUGCAAGAGUCAGAAACUUCAAAGCCAGUUAAGGAAUCAAGAUCUCAGAAACAUAUACGGAUGCUGACAGAAGUGGUUGCUAAAACACUUAAGAAACACGGCAUUGCAGAGAACCACAAAUGCUUUGCAUCAUGCAGCCAGCGUUUGUUUGAGAUAUCCAAGUUCUAUUUAAAGGAUCUGAAAACUUCCAGGGGACUGUUUGAUGAAAUGAAGAAAACAGCAAACAGUAAUGCUAAACAGGUGAUUGAAUGGGUUUUGGAAAAGGCUAACAAGUAAUGAUGAUGAAUCAUUACAUAUGAAUGGAGUUUACACCCUCUUCUCCAACUUCAUAGAGAAAGCACAGUGCAUUACAACAAAAGUAUAAAGCCAGGUAAUGGGAACAAAAAAAAAAGAACUUAAAACUUGGUUCAUAGACUUAAUUCCCAAAUCCAAUACUGUAUUGUGGCCUUUAGAUAUUUUAUAUUGAGUUUUUAUUAAAAAAAAAUCUGUAAUGAACAUUGCAUUUUAUACUAUAUGCCUAUUUAAUUAUCUAAAGGACUAUGACUUAGAUUUUCAGAAACAGUUUUAUAUGUGUUGUACAGAUUUUAUUUUAGAUGUAAUAAAAAAAUCCAAAUUUGAUUGUA